AUGUCCGAUUCAGAGGUUGCCACACCUAACCUAGUCCUCGCCGGAAUAACUGAUUCCGGUGCUAUUAUCUUUAAUGGGGUCAUGCUGGAUUCUUAUCGCUUGAGCACCAGCUUGUCUUUUCAUCAUAUAGAAUCUGUCACAAAAUUCACUGCUGAAGAAGAGACAUCACCUGAACGUGAGCAAAUCACCGAUGAAUCAGGUGUUAUUGCUGGAGCUCCAGCGGUAACACCUGUAUUUCAUGGUGGGAGUAUGAGUGAGGAAACUGCGACAGAGCAGUGGGGGAACCAUACAGUGACUGCAGGAGUGGAUCCACAGAUCCAGGUUGAACCAGAAUCGAAAUAUGAACAAGAUACUGAUAUGAUGAAACCAAUUGCUUCGAGCGGUCUGUUUGAGCGCAAACGAACUUCUUCACUUGCUGCUGCACUACUUUCCGGAGAUCGCGAACCCGGAUAUAAAGCAUAUGUGCAAUUUGUGAGUCCCCGUGGUGUAGCACAAGUGAUAGAAGUCUGUGAUGAUGAGGAGGAGUUCGAUGGGAUCGAGCAAUCUGCUGAGUCUGUUAUAGGCCGUUUGCUCUUUACACUGCGUUCACUGAAAAUGAGCAACCCUGACCGGCACGCAGCUGCAGUUCGUCGCUUGCAGGAUCUUGAAGAAGAAUUACGUGCUGCCGGGGCUGUUUGUCCUCCAGAUACAACUGCUUCUAAUGCUGUCUCUAAGAUACUUGCUUCAGCAUCACCCACUUCUGAUAUUCAAAUUCGUGUUAAUUCCUCACAGUAUAUCACUACCACGAAAUCGGUUUUUGAAACGGAGACACCUGGCAUGGAAGGUCUUAAUGCAGCAACAGUGCAGCACUUGCAACAACAGCUUAUAUCAAAUAUGAGUGUGCCGGAAACUCCUUUAUCUUCUACAGAACCAAAUGUUCCAACAGUAACUGAUCAGAAGCAUGAAACUAUGGCGGAGGGCUUCACAAGUGACGACGGCUCCGUGGUUGUGUCAAAGAAGAUGACGCGCGUUGUAACUACAACACGGACAACACUUCCAGGAGAGAAGACGGAGGCGAAUGCGGGAGAUUUGAUACGAUUGAAAGUGAACGAGCAGGUGUACUCGGGCAGUGUGGAUCCCGGUGACCAGCACAUACAUUUGGUACCAAUUAGCAAGCAGCAGCAGCAGCAAAAACUGGAUUCAAGCGAGCAGCAACAGCAACAAGAACCGCAAUAG